UGGGAGGAGCUUACUAUCGCUGCAUGAACACUGAGCUCAGCUUGCAGCGAGCCACACACUCUUAACAGCCACUAACAUGUCGGGGAAGAGUUUUCGAGUUAGCGACGGGGACUGGAUUUGUCCUGAUAAAAAGUGUGGAAACGUGAACUUUGCUAGAAGAACAAGUUGUAACAGAUGUGGCAGAGAGAAAACCACAGAGGCAAAGAUGAUGAAAGCAGGAGGAACAGAGAUUGGAAAAACUCUGGCUGAGAAGAGUAGAGGCCUCUUCAGUGCAAAUGAUUGGCAAUGCAAAACAUGUGGCAAUGUGAAUUGGGCACGGAGGUCAGAAUGCAACAUGUGUAACACACCGAAAUAUGCCAAGCUCGAAGAGAGAACAGGUUAUGGUGGAGGUUUCAAUGAAAGGGAGAAUGUGGAGUACAUUGAACGGGAGGAAUCUGAUGGCGAAUAUGAUGAAUUCGGUAGGAAAAAGAAAAAGUUUCGUGGAAAAAGCAACAGCACAUCUUCCUCAAAAGAAAGUGAAAAGAAAGAAGUAGUAGUAAAAGGUGAAGAGGAAGAGGAGGAAGAAGAGGAAGAUGAUGAGGAAGAUGGUGACCUUUCCAAAUACAAACUGGAUGAUGACGAAGAGGAAGAUGAUGGAGACCUGUCAAAGUAUGACCUGGACGCCAGUGAUGAAGAGAAGGCAGCUAAGAAAAAGGGCAGCCGCUCGGGUUCAUCCCGUUCCCGCUCGUCCUCGCGCUCCUCCAGCUCCAGCUCACGGUCGAGGUCCAGGUCCCGCUCUAGAAGCUCAUCCAGUUCCAGAUCUGGAUCUCGCUCGAGGUCCCACUCCAGAUCCAGUUCCAGGUCUGGAAAGGGCUCCUCUCCCCGGAAGAGGUCCCGCUCACCCUCCUCCUCACCUGAGAGGGGUCAGAAGCGCAGUCGCUCCAGGUCUUCAUCUGGAGAGAGAAAGCGGAGGCGUUCUAGAUCACAUUCGUCCGAAAGGUUUGGGUUUCUGUGGAAUACCACAAUGGCACUGAUUAUUAUUAGCCAUCUCUCGCCUCGCUUAUGGGAAUUCAUAUUUACAGAAAAAUAUUCACAUUUGCUUUACAUAUAUUUGUUUUUCUUUUAAUGUUCUUGUUCUUGUACUUGUUUCAAGUGUGCAUAAGUCAACGUUUACACCUUGCUGACCUGGUUCUUCUUCCCAUGGUGUUUGUGUGAUUUCAGGUGCCGCGGACAGUCCUCUGGAUCCUCCCAUUCUGGCUCCAGUUCAAAAAAGAAAUAACUUUAUUUCAGCCUUUAAAACAAGAAAAGGAACCCUUACUAGAAAAGUGCAUGUUGUGUUGCAAGGAAAACAACCACAUCAUUUCAGUAUGCUGUCCAUUUUCAUAGAAAAGUCUUAUUUCCCCCCCCAAAAAAAGACAGCGGCAACAUGACUUCUCUGUGCCGUACCCAUCGUUACAUGCUCCCUUUUUAAAACCACAUACACCCCAAUCUGUGACAAGUGUCUGUAACUGCAGGUGUCCAAUAAACUAAAUGUCUGGUCCUAUAAGAAAAUCAGAAACUGUGAAGAGGCUGUUCCCAUUCUGCUGAAUAUCUUCGUGGCAGUACAUUUUUAUUCUACUGAUUUGUAGGGAAAUUAAAGUAAAGAUUUUAACUUUUUUGGCCCGAGUAUACAUCUGAGAUUGUUACUUUAUUUUUUUAAUACAUAAGCCUACAUUCUUCAUUUUUUUUGUACAUGAAAUGUGAAGUACUUAAGCACCUAUUUAGAAUAAUGGAGAUGUAGCAAUGAAUUUUGGCCCUUUUGUUCUAUUUUCUUGAUAAAUAUAUUUUGCUUUGUGUUUUCAAGGUAAGUAUUUUACUUUUUAAUAUUACUUGUUUUAACUAAAUGGCAGUAAAUUCAAUGUUCUUUGAUUAGGUGUUUAGUAUUGUUGAUUUUUUUUUUUCUUUACACAAUUGUCACCUGUUUUACAGCUCAGUUAUUCCUCUUCAUUUGUCACUUGGGAAACUAAUGACUUAAAUAAAUGACUGAUAAUCACGCACCAGAUUAGCACACCCAGCAUAGCAACCACCAUACAGUAUAUCUCGAUUCAUGGUAGAAUGUGGCAGUACAGUCUUUCUAUUGGUGAAACAACUCAAAUGUACACGUGUAAAUAAACUCCUGUUGACAUUG